AUGGAAAAGGCAGUAGUGUCUUACACCUGCCACCACAAUAAGAAGAUCACGUGUCACAAUAACAGCAAAUUUAAUAUCUCACCCCGUCUCAGCCAAAACUCCGCAUCAUCUCAACAGAAAAUACAGAAAGACACAAAGAGGAUCAAAAAUCGCGCAGGCAGCAGAUCUAAGGCUCAUAUCCCCCAAAAACAGCAAAAGCAAAUGCCAAAGGCAACACUGCAAGAAUUACAGCCUAAACAACAGAAACUCUCGAAGUGUCAAGAGUACGAUAGUGCAACAGAGGAUACUCAAAACCAAAAUAUGUCAGAAAACAGAGUAGAUCAUGAAAAAUUAUGCCCCACAGCCAGUGCAGAAAAAACGAUAAAAAAGGAGCCUCCAGACAAUAUUCCUGUUGCGAUAGAAAAGAUAGGAAACAGACUAUCGAGACAGGACCUUGAGUGUUAUCAGACCGUAGGACUCCUAGAAAUCGAAACACGACUCGGAGAAGUAUCAGGAGGCUUUAUCAGAACGAGUCUCAGAAAGGUAAAAGACCGAAUAUCAGGACCCCAAGAAGUUUUAAUUACGACCCAAACAAAUCGAAGCACAACCCAGGAUGAACAAGGAUCCUACCAACCGAGAAAGUCAGGUAAUGAGAGAUACAUUCCCCACAGGACGAGUAAUCAGUCCCCUGGAGUAAGCCUAACCAACAGAAGUAAAAGCAACGACCGGACGAAUACCAACCCUAGGCAAAUGAAUCAGCAGGAAAAGGUAGAGCCUUCGGAGAAGGACAACUCGGGCAUAGGGUUGAAUGGAAAAUAUGACAAUCACCAUCUGAAGGGUCAGGACAAAAGUUCCAAGUAA